AGGGAUUCUUGUCAAUCCGGGGGAUUAAUGGCCAAUAGCAACCUGCCCACAGAUGAUGUGGGAACAUGUAGGGCUUUAGUGAUGUUCUGCUGCGGCUGCUGCUAGGAUGCUGCCUGGGAGAAUGGGGGAUUCUCUGCUACUUUCAAUGGGAGGGCAGGUGAUGGAAGAACUUACUGCUUUUGUGUCCAAGUCAUUUGAUCAGAAGAUCAAGGAGAAGAAAGAGAUGAUCACUUACCGGGAGGUGCUGGAAAGCGGCCCAGCUCGGGGCAAGGAGCCUGGCUGCGGAGAAGGGGGUCGGGAGGACGGACUAGCGGGGACCCGGUGUAUAGGAGGGGGUGGAGGGAGCAGAUCCCCGGUUCUGGAGCUCGAUCUGUCCGUGGAGAGAAUCCGGGAGACUGGAAGCCCGAAGCUCACUGAAGUCUCCCCAGAGAUGAAGGAGCGGAAGGAGGAGUUGAAGCAGCAGGCGCUGGAAGAAGAGAGCCAGACUAAGAUCAAACAGAGAAGGAGUCGGACUAACUUUACCCUGGAGCAACUGAACGAGCUGGAGAGACUGUUUGAUGAGACCCAUUACCCAGAUGCCUUCAUGAGGGAGGAGUUGAGCCAGCGCUUGGGCCUGUCAGAGGCCAGAGUUCAGGUCUGGUUUCAAAACAGAAGGGCAAAAUGCAGAAAACAAGAAAAUCAGCUGCAUAAAGGGGUCCUGAUAGGAGCAGGGAGCCAGUUUGAAGCAUGUAGAGUUGCGCCUUAUGUCAAUGUGGGAGCCCUGAGGAUGCCAUUUCAGCAGGAUAGUCAUUGCAACGUGCCAUCCUUGUCCUUCCAGGUUCAGGCGCAGUUACAGCUGGACAGCGCCGUGGCUCACGCACACCAUCACCUUCAUCCUCAUCUGACGGCGCAUGCGCCUUACAUGAUGUUCCCGGCUCCACCCUUCGGACUCCCACUGGCUACACUGGCUGCGGAGACGGCGACUGCUGCGUCUGUAGUUGCAGCUGCUGCGGCUGCUAAAUCCUCCAGCAAGAACUCAAGCAUUGCAGAUCUUAGACUGAAAGCCAAAAAACAUGCAGCAGCUCUGGGACUGUGACUAGCACUGCACGGGCCCUUAACCAGCAGGGCCCAACAGACUACGACUCUAUCCCCUUAUUUAUGAGCCAAACUUUUAUACCUUUCUGCAGGAAGUAGAAGGGCCCAGGUCAUGUGAUGGAGAGGGCUCCUUUAUGCAGCACAUUGUACUGGCCACGUGAUCCCGAGCCUUCCUGUGUACCUGCAAGUACCACUUUAUGGGGCCAGGCCACUGAUAACCUUUGAAAACGGAAAAAUCACAUGAAGAGACUAUUAGUUCUAUGUCUUAAAUAUUAGGGAUAUUUUUAUGCUAAUGUGUGAACAGUGGGGGCGCUGGGAGCACACAAUUUCUUUCUGCUGUGGAACUUGAAAGGGAAGGAAAUAAAAAUCUGUAAAACCCUGGGACACAGGAACACCAGGGAAAAGAUGAGAUGGUGGGAAGUUCACAGGUUUUGACACUGACCCUUUUGUGCAAAGUUCACUUUAAUACAAGGAAUCUGACAAGUGAGGCGGGCCUCCUUGUGUCUCAUCUUCUGGAUGCGCAGGCAAGUCUGGAAGAAAAAUUACAGAAAAAAAGACUCUUUCUCUUUGAAUUUCUAAGGGGAAAAUGUAUAGCAGCAAAUUUCUGGUUUGCAUGUUCUUUGCCAUAUCAUGGAUGCUGUUUUUUUUGUUUCACUUUGCACUUCAUCCCCAAUUGAAAUAGAGGGACAUUACAAAGGAAAUGAAGAUGAUGCCAAAAUACUGUAUUCCUUAUAAAACAAAGCAACUGGGAGAAUUUUUUUUGUAAAAACAAAUAUGCCAUCUUUAUAUAUAAAGGUAAGGGAUGGCCCUCCAGCUUUUGUUAAGAUACAGUCCUGAGUGUUUCCUAAGGGAUUUUGGGAAUUGUAAAUAAACAACAGCUUGAGGGAGGAAGGUUGGAAAUCCCUGUCCACAAAAAAUCAUUAGGUUCUAGGGCUGACAUUGAAGAGCUCCUAGAAAUUCAGUAACAGGCAGUGUUUAUUUUAGUCUGUGUGCACAAUAAGCACUACAGUUUGUUGUUCUUAGAGGGAACAUUGCAAAUAAAUGACAUUUAUCAGAGAUUUCCAAUCUACUGACCUCCAGCUCUUCUUGAACUACAACUCUCAGCCUUGGAGUGUCAGUGGGAUACUGGGAGUUGCAGUUUCAAAAUAGGUUUUACAUUCCUGAUGUAUAUGCUGAUCUAGCAACUGUAACACAAUAUAUGGCAUUAGUAUUUUUAUAAAUGUUUUAAACCCCAAUGGGCCCCUGUGUCCUACUCUAAAACUGGACUUGAUUACUUAGAAAAACAACUUAAUGAUUAUGAAAAACAUUAUGGUGCCAAAGUGGGCAUGGAACUUGUCCGCUCCAAACAAUCAAGCCCGGACUGGCAAUCUGUGGGUUCUGGCAAAUGCCAGAGGGGCUGCUAUAAGGUGCCAUAGAAAGUCAGUAUUUAGUGGGCUGGUAGGGGCUGUUUGGGCCUCUUUGUGGGCGGAUUGGGCCUUUGCGUACCUGAAAUGCAAGGCCUAUUUUAAUUCUCAUUCCGGACCUGCUAACAAUCCUGGCACUUAGUGACAAGGAUCAUCAUCAUACCCCUUCUGGAUAUUACCCAAGGGCGUACUGUAUUAAAGCUGAUAUUUAAUGCACAACCCAUGAUAGCCUUUGGCUACAUGUAAAAUAUGUUAAUAAACACGAACAAAGUUUAUUUUGGUUACAUUGUGAAUUGAUAGUCGAUUGAUAGCAUUUACAUGUGUAUUCUAUUCAAGUAAUGUGAUUUUUUAUUUUGAAUACAUAUGGAUAUUUAAUGUGGGGGGACCCUGAAGUGCAAAUGAUCACAGUUUGCUAGCAAACACUAUUUGAAGACUUUUCAGAAAAGAGAUUAUUGUGGGGGAAUUAAAAAAGAAAAAAAAAGCUCUUCAAUAAAUCAGCCUUGUUGGGUGGGCUUUGUAAUUAUUUGUUCUCCAUGAAAACAACUUAUUUAUAUAUACAAUAUUUUUUCCAGUGUGCGUUUAACUUAUUUUACACCGCUUUGUAUGUUAUUGCUGCAUUACAUUUGAUGUUGGUACAAUUUAUUUUUAAAUCACUCAGGUUUAUUUCAUUUUUGCUUUUGUUAAACCACUAUUACUACAUCAUUUCAUUUGGAAAAGAUGCAUAAAUGGAUACAAGUCGACGCAUCUCCUAGUCAUGAUGAUUUGUUUCAGUUGAAAUUAAACAAUCUGUUUUUCCUCUA